GCAUCUUCCCCUUCAUCAUACAAACAAAAAUAAUAAAAAAUAUUUUUCCUCAUUUGUCUCUCUUCCGCGACCUCCAAAAACCCUAAAAUUCCUGAAAAGAAAAGGGAAAAUAUAUUUCACAUAAUUGCAUUGAUCGAUCGGGCGGUGGCAGGAGAAAAAGGAACGACAUGUCGUGGCUGAGAACGGCGGUGAACAAAGCGGUGGAGGUUGGGAACAAGAAUAACCUCACUCGAAACAUCAAGAACUAUGCCGAUACCGUUGUUCAUCACGCUGGUCAAGCUGUCGCUGAAGGAGCCAAACUCUUUCAGGAUCGCAUUGGGUCUCGGAGUCUCAAGAGUGUAAAGCAAACCAUAAAAAGAUUGGAGGAAGCAGCAAUCUCUUGUAGGGGUUCGGAGAGAGUUAUGCUGCUGAGAAGAUGGUUGGUUGCACUGAAAGAAAUUGAGAUGUUAUCUGGAGGGUUAUCUGAAGGCAGUGAGAAGAGCCUUGAGCAAAUUAUUGCUUCUGAAGAAGUAAAGGAGAACCCAAAAAGACAAUCUAUGGUCUUGUAUUAUGACUCUGAUAUUGGGGGCGCACCAAUGAAUUUCCGAGAGGUUUUUCUUCAAAGCCAGGCUUUAGAGGGCAUCACAAUAUCUAUGAUUCUUGAAGCACCAAAUGAUGAAGAAAUUUCUCUGCUCCUGGAGAUGUUUGGGCUCUGCCUCGCUGGAGGAAAAGAAGUUCACAAUGCAAUAGUGAGCAGUGUACAGGAUCUAGCUACUGCUUUUUCUAGCUACCAAGAUGAAGUGCUGGUGAAGCGGGAGGAGCUGCUUCAAUUUGCACAAGGUGCCAACGGGUUGAAAAUCAAUGCUGAUCUUGUAAGAAUGGAUAUUGAAGCUUCUGAUCUAAAGAAAAAACUUGAUCAAUUGAGUGCUUCCCAGAAACUGCCAAAAGACGGUCAUGAUAAUGCAUCUGAAAAGACUACUGCAGCGACUAUUGAGGCUCUGAAAGAAGCGCUUGCUCAAAUACGAAUCUGUUCCACAUUGGAAGGAAUUUUGCUGAAGAAGAAGUCUCUAAACAAUGGAGACUCUCCUGAGAUUCAUGCUCAAAAGGUUGAUAAGUUGAAGGUCUUAUCAGAGUCUCUUGCCAACUCCAGUGCAAAAGCUGAGAAACGCAUUUCAGAUCACAGACUUCAGAAGGAGGAGGCCUUAACUGUUCGUGUGUCCAAAGCAAGUGAAGCUGAUGGAAGAGAGAAGGAAAUAGUAGCUGAGAUUUCAGAGCUUGAGAAACAAAGAGAUGAACUUGAAGCAGAGCUGAAAAAGGUUAACAUCUCAUUGGCUGCUGCUAAUGCACGUCUACGCAAUGUUAGGGAAGAAAGAGAUCAAUUUGAUGAAGCUAACAAUCAGAUUGUUGCCCAUUUGAAAACAAAGGAAGAGGAACUGUCAAAAUCCAUUUCUGCGUGUAGAGUAGAAGCAGAAGUUAUCCAUACAUGGAUUAAUUUCUUGGAAGAUACUUGGCUUCUCCAGUCCUCGUAUGCAGAAACUAAGACCAAUAAAGUCAACGAGGAAUUGGUGCAACAUGAGGAUUAUUUUGUGAACUUGGCCAUUACUCUUCUCUCAGUGUACAAGAAAGAGCUGGGCCCUGCCAUCAGUCGUAUCGGGAAAUUUGUAGAGAACCUGAAGAAGUUGAGUGAGAGAUCAGAGAUUUCAUUUAGCCCGAGCAAUGAGGGAUCCACAGAAUUAAACCCGAGGAAACAUCUUGAGGAGGAAUAUUUGGAUUAUGAAGCCAAGAUUAUAACAACCUUCAGUGUGGUGGAUAACAUGAAAGAGCAGUUCUAUGCUCAGCAUGGGACGAUUUCAAGGAAGGAUGAUCCCAAAGUUAAAGAGCUAUUUGAUGACAUUGAAAAGUUAAGAGCGGAAUUUGAAGCUAUUGAAAGGCCAACUUUAGAAAUGGAGAUUCCAAAGGCUGAUACUCCUAAUGAGAAGCCGCAGGAAACUUUAUCUCCACGCCCAGCUCUGGAAUCAACACAACCCAAACCUGAUACAAAGGAGAAUCCUGAAACACUGCCCGUGCUGGACCCUGCAGCAGAACUAGCAAAGCUGGAGUCGGAGUUUGGGAAGGUUGGGCAAGACUACUCAGCAGAGGAAAUAGGUGAUUGGGAGUUUGAUGAACUUGAAAGGGAGUUGAGAUCUGGUGAUUCUGCAUCAGGCAAAUAGAUCGGAUAAUUUAACCUUGUGGAAACUAUAAUGCUCAGUCAAACAAGCAUGUGUACUAGUAUGACAUUGUAUCCAUAUCUACCUGCCAAAAAAGCUGCAUUUUAGAAACAAGCUUUUUCGUUGUAACUUCUGUAACGUUGGAUGGGGUUUCGAUUUGUUCAUUCAUCUGUAAAUACUUUCAACCUGUAAUAUGGGAUUUAUAAAACGAAUGAAUCAGUAUCCUUUGUGAAUC